UUUCCAAUGGCAAGAAUUUAUCCACAAACAUCUUCUUCUUCUUGUUCUUCAUAUUCUUCUACAAGUACAUACGUGACAACAAAAAGAGAAAUAUUUACUCUAUGGAUGAAAUCACUAGUAUUCCAUGGAAAUGGCUGUGCUGUUUUUGAUUCAAAAGGUCAGCUUGUUUAUCGAAUCGACAAUUACAACAAAAAAUGUAGCAAACAAGUUCAUCUCAUGGAUCUCCAUGGAACAGUUCUCUUUUCUCUACUUAAAAAGAAAUCAUCACUUUUUGGACAUUGGAAUGGCUAUAAGAUGGAUGAGGAGAUACCAUGUUUUCAAGUUAGAAAAAAUGGCAAUUUACUCACGGGAGACUUAAACUAUGAUGUCAUUUUUGGGUGUGAUAAUAUUGCUGAUACAAACAGCUAUAAGAUUUUUGCUUUACCAGGCAAGCUAGGAUUCAAGAUUGUCAACAAAGAAAACAGACUUAUUGCAGAGGUAAAGCAAAAGCAAUCAUCAUCAGCAAUUCAAUUUGGGGAUGAUGUUUUGAGUCUCAUUGUGGAGGCUAACGUUGAUCACUCACUUGUGAUGGCUCUUGUGACUGUUUAUGGUUUGAUCCGACAUAUGUUGUGAAUUCUAGGAUUUCCGCGGCGAGAGUUGUUUUUGUUUUCACCCGAUGUUUGAUACUGUACAGAAGUUUGAUGAGUUCAUUAAAAAGAAAAGUGCGCUCUAUCAGGAUUUUUUCAAGGCUCGAAUCAGAGAUUUCUGAUUAAAGGAGAGAGAAUUAUUUUCUCUUGAAUAGAAAGCACAUAUGCAUUUUUAUUUUAUUUUUGUUUAAAUGGAAAAUGUAACGAUAAAGAAAAUUUUGCUUAGUUUUAUUGGUUC